UCUGUCAUUUCUGACAAAGUGAAGUUGGAGAUUGGAGACAAAAAAAACGGAAAAAGUUGUGUCAUUUCUUUAGGCAACCGAGGGAACGAAAUAUUUUUUUGGCAUUUAUUCAUAAGUUUUUUUACCAUUUUAGUUACCUCAGUAACAUGUCCAUUGAUAUCUAUUAAUAUUACUGCAAAUUGAUUGAAGUAAUUGUGCAUCGCUAAACUAGUGUAUACGCCCUUGAAUACAACAGUAUAACAAAAAAGUCUAAAGUCAGCUUAGCAACAACAGUACGAUCGCUAUAAUUCCUAUUUUAAGGAAUUUAGCGAUUUGCACGCUGCUCGAGUGCCUUUAGGAGAUGAUAGGAGAAAAUGCAUUGAAGAAAAAAGGAACAAAGUUAUUAAUGUUGAAUUAGUAGUUUAUGUAAGUGUACAUUUGGUGCUUUUUAUAAUUAUAAGAUGAUCACAAGACGAUGGUUCCACCCGUCCCUGAACGGGGUAGACGCAGAGAAGCUGCUAAUGGAUGUUGGGCACGACGGGUUCUUCCUUGCGAGGCCUAGCAUGAGCAACAAGGGAGACUUUACACUCUCGGUGCGAAGGGGUAACGAGGUAACGCACAUAAAAAUACAGAAUAAUGGUGAGUUUCUAGAUCUUUACGGUGGAGAGAAAUUCGCUACUUUAUCAGAACUUGUCCAGCACUACAUGGACAAUCAAGGACAGUUACGUGAAAAAAACGGUAAUAUUAUCAGGUUAAAAAUCCCUCUGAACUGCGCAGAUCCAACCACCGAGCGCUGGUACCAUGGCCAAUUGACAGCAAAAGAAGCAGAAAGAAUGAUGUUAGAAAACGGCAAAAACGGAUCAUUCCUCGUCAGAGAGUCUCAGAGACAGCCCGGAGAUUUCGUGUUGUCUGUGCGAACGCGAGACCGCGUCACGCACGUGAUUAUAAGGAGACAGGACAAUAAAUAUGACGUCGGCGGAGGUGAACAGUUCGAUGAUCUCGUAAGUUUAAUAGAGCACUACCGCAACUAUCCAAUGGUCGAAACCACAGGCGAAGUAUUACGACUUAUUCAACCUUUUAACGCUACUCGAAUACAAGUAAGACACCUUCAAACCCGUGUCAAACAACUACAAAAAGAAAAUGAAGGUCCUAUCGAGAGCAUGGCGUACAAACAGGGUUUCUGGGAAGAAUUCGAAACGUUACAGAUGAUGGAAAACUUGCAAUUGUUCGACAGAAUGGAAGGUUCAAAGCCAGAAAACAUAAGAAAGAACAGAUACAAAAACAUUAUACCGUUCGAUCAUACGCGAGUCAUUUUACGCGAUAUACCACCCGACGCCCCGCCCGGCGCAGAUUACAUCAACGCCAAUUACAUCCGAUGCGAGAGCACUGACUCCGACUCAAACGGAAGCUUCGAGACACACUUCUCGCGCGAUGCCUCUUCCAGGCAUAAGGACAAGACAUCGCCAGUUCAUACCAGCGUCAUCAUCACAGAAGAAAAGCCGAAAGAAGUGAAAAAAUGUCAAGAAAACGGUACUCGUAAAAUGAUUCCAUCGUUCGUUCUUCGACCAAAUCCUAACUAUGUUAACACGACCAUUCCCAAAAGUGGAAUAGCAACGAAGAAUGGAGUUGUAGAGUACGUCUACAACAAACUUUACAUCGCUACACAAGGCUGCCUGUCUACCACAAUCUAUCAGUUCUGGUCUAUGAUUUGGCAGGAGGACGUCCGCAUUAUCAUAAUGACGACAAAAGAGAUCGAACGCGGCAAAGUUAAAUGCGAACGAUACUGGCCAGAUUUAAACAAAACAGAAGUCUUUAAGAAAUAUACUAUUUUUAACGAAUCAGAAUCUUCGACUCAAGACUAUACUCUGAGACGUUUCAUCGUGACGAAAAAAGACGAAGGCGAUAAAAAACGAACGAUAUACCAUUUCCAUUUCACGGCUUGGCCGGACCAUGGCGUUCCUUCGGAGCCCGGGCGGGUGCUGAAUAUCCUCUUGGACGUGAACCAUCGACUGCAACAGAUAAUGACGGGGCCGGACGCACCGCUGCAGGCCGCGGUGUGCGUGCAUUGCUCCGCCGGCAUCGGUCGAACCGGCACCUUCAUUGUCAUCGAUAUGAUCCUGGACCAGGUCAGGAAAGAGGGGUACGACUGUGAAAUAGACAUACACCGCACCGUGCAGAUGGUGAGGGACCAGCGCUCCGGUAUGGUGCAAAACGAGGCCCAAUACAAAUUCAUAUAUAUGGCAGUCCUGGAGUUCAUAGAGACGGAAAGGCAACGGCUCUACACCGGCCCCGAAACUGCUAAGGACUCGCCUCGACUACGAUCACACCCCGUACCUUUUUUAUGAAUCGUGUCAGAAAGGCGAAAUCGUUCUUAUCGAAAGCUUUAUCUGUCGGGAACGUAGGGAUCCCUAGAUUUUAAAGGUAUAGUCCGUUCACGUAUAGGUUCACGACUAAUUUCUAAUACAUAUUCCUUAAGCGAUCAAUUUCCGUCUUUGCAUAAAAUUACUUCUUAGCUAUAGCACUUUACUUUAACGCGCCUUAAGAAGGAUUCAAUAUCGUUACAUAUUAUAUUAAAGUUAAAUCGCAACUUCCCCGAUAUUUACACGUACUCUGAGUAUAGGAUUGAUAUAGGCAAAAUAAUGCAAAAAGUUUUCAAGUUAAUUUUUAGCCUGCUUUUUACACAUACAAUUAUCGAAUGACUUUUUUAUUGUUACUUGAAAUAAACUAACCUUAAUUGUGGUUUUCGAUUGCCGAAACAUUACAGAAUAUCUUUAUUUGAAACAGAAUAGGAAAGAUGAUAGUACGUUUUAUUUCAGGAUUCUCGGCAGUGGAAAAUUACAGUUAAAUUGUUAUGUACAUAUUUAUUAUAAAACAGAACAUGUUUCUGAUUUUUUUUAUUUAUUUAUAGAUAACUUUGAACAUAUCCUUAUUAAGUAACUAACUUUAAACCACAGAAAGAGAUGUAAAAUUUCAUUCUUACCGCUGCUUAGUUACAUAAGUCCCUCAUAACUUCAAAAAUUCAAUUUAAAAGAUCUUAAUACACAUCACUAGUAGGUUUAACUAUGUUUAAAAGGAAACUAUAUUAAAAAUUUGUUUAACUCUUAUAUUAAAAUGAUAACAAAACUGAGACCUGAUAAUGUUUCAAAUGAUUGCUUUAAUGUGUACUAUAUGAAGCCAGGUGUUUGGCUUCAAUGUGAUCUCGAAUUCGAUUUUGAAUUAGAAAGAGUAUAUUUUUUAUUUUACAAAUUUAUUGAAUUGUAAUUGAGAUAAUAAAACGAGAAAGAGAGAAUAUAAUUAAACUCUAUUCCCAUUGUUUACUACUUAGUGAUCUUGAUUUUUAAUGUGCAUUCAUACAAACACAUCACAUAUUUUACACGAGCUAUUUUUCUUAUUUUUUAUGUAUUGACUUUGCUAUUGAUGCAAUAAUUUUCAGUUUUUGAGUUUUUUUUUUGUAUAUUUUAAAGUAUGAAAUGUAAUGAGGUGCUUUUUUGUAAAUAAAUUGGCCGAUGGCCCGCCGGAUGUUGGUGCGAUAUUUUUAUGAAGUAUAUUUUCAGUUCAGAAUGUAGAGCACUGAGCUCUAUGAAUGGAUAGGUCAUUGCUUGGAAUGACAGCUUUUGCUUCAUACCAAGUUAAACGUGCCAAAAUGGUGAAAAUCAAAUAGGCACAAAAUAUCAUGGUUUAUUGCCUGUCCAUGUAUAGAGGUCAGUAACGUAGAGAUAAAAGUGGCGGGAGAGGGGAUGGCAUCAAGUAGUGGAAUUUCUUAGUGUGUUUCAACAGGUGUGACAUUUGUAUGAACAUAUAUUGUUAUCUCUGUUUUUUUCAAAGAGUAUGUAAGGGAUGACAAUAUUUUAUGCGUCACUGCAAUUGGAACCCAUACAAGAGUAUUUUGUAUGCUGUUAAAAAUAUUUCAAGUGCAAUUUUUUUUUAAGUUAAUUUUAAAUGUAGUUUAUAAUGUGAUUGGUCAAAAUCUUACAUAAGUUAUCUGCAAAAAAUUACAUUUAGUUUUAUCAUUGACAAUAAUUAUGUAUUUAUUCAUCUGCAUAUAUUUUAAAUGAACUUUUAUAAAAUAUCGUAAAUAAAAUAUGAAUUUAUGUGCAGGUUCUGCUAGAAAUAUUGUAAAAUUACAACUUAAUUAUGGUGCUAAAUAUUCAACAAAUAUUAUAUUGUUGAUUGAUAUUCAAAAUUCCACUACUCGAUUCGUCCUGUACUAUUUUGUGUUGUUGGCAUUUUAUUUAUAUUAAUCUUUCAAUUUGUAAAUCAGAACUGCUUAUGUAAAGCGGCAUAGAGAACACAAAUAAAAAUUAUAUUAUCUGCUAAAGAUAUAUGUUGUGUUAUAAUAUUAAAUAAAAUGUGAUAUUGCAAAUGUGUAUUUCACUGAAAAACAUUUUUUUCACAACUUUAUGACCAUAAUUACCACAAGCUUUUAUGUCAUGGCUUUAGUACUGACUUAAAAGCGCUAGUUGAAGAUACUGAUGGCAAAUUCUAUCUAUAUUAAUAGUUCAAGUUUCCAACACCGCUAUCAACACCACAAUGGCGAAAAUCAAUUAGGCACAAAAUACC